UGUAAAAUAUUAGGAAUUACAGUGAUAAAUGGAUGUACCACAUCCUAAUUAAAGUGUGAAAGUGUUAUCAUAAGUUUUCAUGCAGCCUGUGAAGCCAAAUAUUGACGACAAAAGUACGACAACUGUCAACGGAGUAACGUUCAAGAUUUAAAAUUACACCGUAUUUAGUGGUGUUUUUUGGAAGAUAUUUACAGAACAAACUACUAAGAUGACAACACGUCGGGAUGUGAUAAUGGCUAGAAUGAAGCAACUACAGGAAGAACUUAAAUUAGCUAAUGAGUUCAACAAAAAGCUCCUUCAGGAACAGGAGGAGAGUGAGCAGGAGAUUGAGCGUGUUGUAAGAACAAACACAAGCCUCAAAAAUCAGCUAGCCAAUCAAGAUGUCGAGUAUGAAGACCUGCAAGGACAACGAGAUGAACUCCAGGCAGUCGUAGAAAGGUUCCAGCAUUGCCAAGAGAUACAUGAGCAGGCAUUACAACGCAUCCGGGACCUCGAGCAGCAACUGCAGGAGUCGGAUUCAAAACGGUAUUGCAAGUAUUGCUCCGGGAACUCCGCUCCGGCUGAAAACAAUUUAAGUAUAUUUGCUGAAUUUAAUAGCUUCGAUUUAGAUGUGGUUCAUGACAGUGCACCGUGCUCCCCAAUGAAGGACCAUGUAGAUUUAAAGGAGUCUGUGCACUUAGAGGGCGGCAGUGAUCCCAGAGUGACAUUGAAGGGGUCAAAUAAAAUUAAAAAAUACUUAAAGUUAAGCAAAUUUAUAAAGAAAUCAAAGCUUUUAGUUAAACGACAAAAUUCUAUGUUUAAGACAAUACAGUCCAGAUGUAACAGUGUCGCCUUAAGCGAUGAACUUCUAAAUUGUCAACACCGACUCGACCUGACAGCACAGGAGUUGAACAGUCGCUCCGAUGAAUUGUACAAAUUAGAAUCAAAACUGAAAGACCUGAAUAAUAGAUAUGAAUUGACAAGUAAAGCAUUACACGAGUACAUAUCUUUUAUGAAUAAUGUUCUAGAUCCAUCGAGCGGGUACCCGGUGUGCAUGGACUCGCCUGCGCCUGCUCGGCGGCGCCCCGCCGCGCCGCACUCGCCGGCGCUCCGUGCCGCGCUGGCGGCGCCGGGGUCGCCCGCGCUGCGUGCCUUGUUCGCGCCGCGCCCGAGCCCCGCGCCCGCGCCCGCGCCCGCGCCCGCGCCCUCUCCGCGCCGCGAGCCCAGGCCCGCCGCCCGCCGCCCUGUCCCGCCGAGCCCCGCCGUCGCCGCGCCGGCUCCGUCGCCGCCGAGCCUCCUGCGGCUGGCUCUCGAGCGGCUGACCGUCGAGCCUGAGCCGCGGUCGCCGGCCCCGACACCGUCGAGCCUCCUGCGGCUGGCUCUGGAGCGGCUGACCGUCGAGCCUGAGCCUCGGCCGCCGGCCCCGUCGCCGGCGCGCGCGUCGAGCGCGGCGCCCGGCGCUCCGCGCGCUCGGAGCCGGGACCCUCCGCGGUCGACGGUCAUCUAUUCUGACGCAAUCGGGGCCGGCCUCGGCGUGCUGCUGGGUGAAUGUCUCCGGCAAAGUGUAACAAAUGUGUGUUUGCGUGGUGCCUCCGUCGAAUCGGUCGUGCGCCGCCUGGCGAGGGACAAGUUUGACAGUGGCACCACUCUGAUUAUACACCUCGGCGAUAGUGUGGGUGUGAAGAGAUCUCACGUGGGAUCCCUCAUACGCACGCUGUCCGACAUUGAGCGACAUGGAAUUUAUAAAAUUAUUUUAUGCUCUUUUCCGUAUUCCGACUCUGUUUCCCAUGAGCACAACGUUAGAGUGUCGGAGUUAAAUUCCAUGUUGUACAAUGCGACUUGUUACGAAAGCGCUUACCAUUUUAUUGAUCUGAACAUUAUGUAUAAAAGAAAUAAUUACCGUUUUAGACUAAGAGAUAAUUAUUUGAAUGUACCACGGAAUUGUAAAGUGACGACAGCAAAAUUACUAGCUUACAACGUAGAACCGGGGUUUUUUGACAUUUCGGCCAGUGGCAACGGUGCCGGCCGCGCGGUGAGCGCCGGCGCGUGCGCAGCCUCCCCCGCGGGCCGCCCACAGCAUUUAAACUGACGGCUGAGACAGCGGAGAGGCCCCGUGAGCUUAGGUUAGUUCACCAAAACCUACAGGGCUUCUCCAGCAAAGAGUUAGAGGUGGUUCUUUUCUUAGAAUCACAAGAUAUUGAUGUCAUGUGCGUUACGGAGCACUGGCUCAAAGAAUAUGAAUUAUUAGUAUUUAAUAUCUGUAAUUAUGACAUAAUUAGCUCGUUCAGUAGAAAGUCCGCCAUUCACGGGGGAUCAUUGAUUAUAGUAAAAAAUAAAUUUAAAUGUAAAGAAAGAAAUGACAUAGUUAAACUUUCUACUGAGCGAACUAUAGAAAUAUCAUGUAUAGAAUUGGAGGAUCACAUUAUAAUGUGCGUCUACAGACCACCUUCGGCGGAUUUUAGCGUUUUUGAGUCUGUGAUGGAAGAUGCGUUGAGACGAGUGUUUGUUAGCAGCAAGAAGAUAAUAAUUUGUGGGGACUUUAAUGUUAAUAUACUAGAUCCCACGCAUGGACACACAGUUAGAUUCUUAAAUCUUUUUCAGUCUUUUGACUUGUUUCCGCUUUUCCACGAGCCCACAAGAAUUACAGCCAGUACGGCGACUUGUUUGGAUAAUAUAUUCUGUAAUUGUGAAGUUGAAAAGAAAGAUGUCUUUAGUUGUUUCAGCUCUGAUCACUGUGGUCAGAAAGCUUAUUUCCAAGUCAACAUUGUAAAACAACAGCAAGCGAUUACGUAUAGGCCUAUCACUGCUAGCCGAAUGGAUAAGUUUAGAGAAUCUAUUAUAUCGCAGGUACCUACUUUGACAGGUAUAAGCAAGCAAGAUCCUGAUACAUUAUACGGGGAACUGUCGAGUGUCAUCCACGACGUCCACAAGAAUAUUUUUAAGACGAAGACUGUACAGCAAGGCCAAUUGAAGUCAAAGUUUAGUGACUGGGCCACCGUCGGUAUCCACAGAAGCAGGAAGAGAUUGUAUGACCUGUAUGAAAUGAGGAAUUUUAACCAUGAUGAAAAUUUUACUGAAUAUGUAAGGAGGUAUUCAAAAGUGUUUAAGAAAGUUUGCGCCGCGGCUAAGUCUGCAUUCUUAAGCAAGAAGGUCAGGUCGGCAGACAAUAAAAUAAAAGCUACCUGGAAUAUGAUAAACGCUGAAACCGGGAAGACGAAACCCCGUGAUGGCCAUUACACACUAAAAGUUCAAGACCAAGUAUUGUCUGCAGACGACGAUGUUGCUGGCGCCUUUCAACACUUUUUCACCAACAUAGCCACUGAUACUACACGGAAUUUAAACUCCUCUGUAGUUAAGGCAGGUCUCUACUUGGACAAUUACAAUGUUAAGAAAUGCAGCAUGGAAUUAUAUUUCCAAUUUACUGACCCCGAAGAGAUUAUUAAAACUUUCAAGUCCUUAAAAGUUAAAAACAGUGAGGACAUUUGGGGGAUAUCUGUGAAAGUCGUGUAUUCAAUUAUUGACGUCGUGGCACCUUAUCUAGCCGAUGUGUUUAACGCUUGUGUUAGGGAAUGUGUGUUUCCCAAUCUGAUGAAGUAUAGUAAGGUUAUUCCUCUGUUUAAAUCA